AUGCGCCGAUGGACACCCCCCGUGGCCCCGGCCUCGGCCCCGGCCCGCGCCCCGGCUCCGGGGCUCCCCACCAGCCGCCGCACCUCCUCCUCCUCCUCCCCCUCCUCCUCCUCCUCCGUCCGCCUGGCGUGCCUCGCCGUGCUCCUGCUCAGCACCGGCGUGGCGGCGGCGGCGGCUGGCGGCGGCGGCGGCGGCGGCUGUCCUCCUCCGGGGGUCGGGGCGCACAACCCCCUGCAGGCGCUGGCCGGGGGCGUGAACUGCUCCUGGACACUGGAGAGGCACACGCGCAGCUACAACCACCUGGAGGGCGACGUGAGGCUCCGCCGCCUCUACUCCGCCAACAAGUUCUUCCUGUGCAUCGACAAGGGCGGCAAGGUGGACGGCACGCGGCGGAAGAACCUGGCCGACAGCCUGAUGGAAAUCCGAUCUGUCAGUGUUGGAGUCGUCGCCAUCAAAUCUGUCAGCACCGGCCUGUACUUAGCCAUGUCCAAGAAAGGCACGCUCUUCGGAUCGGUUAAAUACAGCCCCAACUGCAAGUUCAAGGAGCGCAUCGAGGAGAACGGCUACAACACGUACUCCUCUCUGCGCUGGAAGCACGGCGGCAGGCAGAUGUUCGUGUCCCUCAACGGGCGGGGGAAGCCGCGACGGGGACACAAGGCUCGCAGGAGACACCCCUCCACCCACUUCCUGCCCAUGCUCCCCUCCUAGCCCGACUGAACUUUAGCCCGGCGGAUGUGGUCGGCUGAACGCCGCACCUCUCGCUAGUGUCGCAGUAGUGAUGAUGAAGGUUGUCCUAUCGUCUUUAUCAUUUUAUUCUUUCCUCCUGUGUCUCGUACGCGUACGUUGGUUUGCUUUUUGGUAGUACGUGUGUGUGUGUGUGUGUGUGUGUGUGUUCGUGUGUGUGUGUGUGUGCGUGUGCGUGCGUGCGUGCGUGCGUGCGUGCGUGUGUGCGUGCGUGCGUGCGUGCGUGCAUGUGUGUGGGUGUGAGUGAGAGAGAUCACGGCACAGAUGGGGUUGGUAUAUCAAUGUUUUAAGUUAUUUCUUUCCAUUGACCCCCUUUUAGUAAAGAAAAAAAAGGUCUAAUGAUAUGACAUUAUCCAAUAUUAUAGAGUUACAGUGAACCUGAGGUUUUUUUCUCUCCAAUACUUUUGUUUGUUCUGUAUUCAAAAUAUAUUCAAACUUCAAGCCUCAGUUGGAUUCAGCAUUCAGAAUCUGUUCUGAAAGACUAUAAGAUUGUGACGAUCAGAGUGUGUGAUGAAUCGAGCUUUCCAUGCUCGACAUCAGCAAAGAGUGAUCUCUUAUUCGCUACGAGUGAUCGAUCACGAUCAACCAGAAGUUCUUUCGGACUGCAUCAUCUGAAGCAUCAAAUCAAUCCCUAAGCGGAAGGGAAAGCUCCAACACACACAGCGAUCGGAGGAUGCAAGAGGAGACAGCGGAGACCACUGCAACUGCAAACGUUCCCCAACGUCACCACUCGGAAUAGCCAAUCAGAAAGCGACGAGCUGCACACAGACGGACCUUACGCGGAGUGGGACAGUUGGGCCAGGGAUCCACCUCCGGCAAACGUCUCCUCAUUCGGUCACAGACACGACGGUAACACAAUAGGGCGCCGGUGAUGUCACUGGGGUAGUUUGAACCUGAUGCGUGCUGCGUGUGGUCGUCUGUAGCACACACUUCCUCUCACCUCCAGCACGCAGCAGAUCACACCUACGUGGCUGCGGGGUGCUGUAGGAAACAACCGUCCCUUCGUCCACAUCCGGUUGAUGGCGUCGGUUGAAGAUUCAGUAGUGAGCUAAAUGCGUUAUCCUAUUAAAAGCGUUUUGUAUGCAUUAUAGAGGCCGUAGAUAAAGAACUCGACACGUAGUUUUAAGGUUAUCAAUUACUUUCUUAUGUAUGCGGUAGAGUCUGGAUGUCUCCUUUUUUGUCAGGUUGUGCUAACAUUUCUUCAACAAAAACGUUGUUGCAAAUAGAACCUUUAAUAUAUUUAAAACUUUUGUACUGUAUAAUUGUUUGAAGCCUAAUAUUAUUGUCUACUUUGUGUAUUUAGUCCUGACAAAAAAAACGCACGCACACACACACUCAAAACAACCCAAAUUGUAUUAAUGUCCAUAUCCAGCUCAGUUUGUAUGUUAUUGAAAUUUGAUUCUUGAUAAAGGCUAAAUUAAUUACUGGUGCAAUUUACUUUUUGGCCAUUGACACUACUUAUAUAAGGCUGGAUAAUCCAAAUGUACAGUUAAAAGAAACAUUUCCAUCAUGCACAUAAUUUGAAGGGCUUGACUCAGGCUCAGUCUGGUAAAAAAGAACAAUAAACAUGUAUGAAUUACUUGUGUCGUCCCUAACAUUCAUGAUUGUCACACUUGUUGCUGUUGAAGAGGACCUCAGACAUCACAGUCAUUGUGUAACAUUUUGUCCCUUCUGCUCUUUGUCAUGACAAUAUUGAGUAGCAGUGUCACACACAGUGUAAAAAGACUGAAAUAAAAAAGCUGGUGCUACAU